AUGAACGGCGACAUAAGUGGAAGUAAGAAAGUGGAUUGGUCAAACAAUGGUUCAACAGGUGGAAUAGCAACGCCGUUGUCGUCACCUACAAAAUUGGCACCUCAUCACAAUAUCUUCAUGGCAAACCUCCAAAAAUCUCCAACCGGGAAACAUCAAGAGGUGUUUGGAGAUGGGAAUGGUACAUCAUCAUCUUCAAAAGUGAUCGAGUCCCUUCAUGAACAAAUUGAAAUUUUAUCGAGCACUAACUUACAAUUAACCAUGCAAUCUCAAGGGUUGUUGACUAAAUUAGAAAACACACAGAAUAAAGAAUCAAAAUUGGUGGAAACAUUGUCAGGGCUUAAGAAUGAAAAUGAGACGUUGAAAAACUUAUUGACGAGAGAAACUGAACAUUUAAAAGAGUUAGAGAGUAAUUUAACACAAUUAAACGAUUCUAGUAAUGCAUUAAAUAAAGAGAAUAAAUUGUUGAAACAUAAACAAAAUCACAAUAAUGUUGGUGAAGCAUCAUUGAAUGACGAGCUACAAAUGAUAGAGUCUCAAUAUUCUAGUCUUGUGGAGUCCCAUGAUAUGAUGAAACGUCAUUAUGACAAUGGAAUUCAAAGUUUGAGAGAUGAGCUAGAGACAUUAAAAUUACAAAAUACUAAUGCUCUGACAUCAUAUCAUGAAAAUGAGAAUCAAUUAGUAGAACAAUUAUCGGAUUUUAAUAUCUCAACAAAAGAAUAUGAUGAAUUAUACAAAAAUAACAAUGCAUCGAUAGAUAAAUCUUUCAGCGAAGCUUUACAGAGUGUAAUAAACGGAAAUGAUACCCUGCAAGACUACUCAACAUACAAAGAAGAAAUGAUUGAAUUGGGUAAUAAGAUGGGAAUAUCUACAAUAGAGAAGGAUUUAGCUGAUUUACAAACCGUUAAAUUAAGGAAGGUUAGAAACGUCUCUUCAAAUGGUAGCUCCAAUAGAACCAGUUUCUAUGGUUCUAUGACACCAGUAUCAGACUCUAAUGUUGAGGGCCACAGAAAUAUAAGCCCUGUUAUAGGCUUACCGGGUGUGAAAAGGUCUACAUCAGUCCGUAAAAACAACCUCACUAGCCCAUCUUCAUCUGCAUCACCAUCUCCCAACCCUUCACGGAAUGGUAACAGGUUCUGA